GCCUCCUGGGGCCGCCUCCUGCGGCCCGCCUCCUGGGGCCAACCUCCUGCGGCCCGCCUCCCGCCCCGCCCUGCAGAUGUGGCGCCGCGAGCCGGCGGUUCUUAAAAGAUGAAGGAAACCUGGUCUUUCGUAGAUACUUUUGAGCCUAACUUCAGGCCUCUGGUAGUAAUUGAACUUGCAAAAGGCACCAAAAAGGAAACCAUAGAAUGGUUCACUGAAAGAAUAGUGGACAAAAAGGCAAAUGGAGGUGCACAGCUACUGAUUAAACCGUUGGUUACAGAAAACGGAGAUGGAAAUAUAUAUCUAGUUGGAGCUUCCCACUUAAGGCUGUUGCUGGGAGCUGAAACUGUGGGUUUGGUGAAGGAGUGUAAUGAUAAUUCAAUGAGAAGUUUCACAUACAGCAGUAGAAAAACUUUCAAAGAUUUUGCAGACGACAAUCACAAUUUCCUUACGAUGUCAGAAUGUCAGUAUAUCAUCAAACAUGAGCUUGAAAAUUUGAGAGCUAGAGAUGAAAAAAUGAUCCCUGGAUAUCCACAGGCAAAGUUGUAUCCAGGAAAAUCAAUUGUGAGAAGAUUAUUGACCAAUGGUAUUCUAGUUCAGAUUUUCCCACUCCAUGACAGAGAAGAAUUGAAAAAGCUCCGACACACCUGGUAUGGCCGAGUAAAAAUUGGCUAUCAGCCUUUAGAUGAGAUACGCUCCUACUUUGGUGAAACCAUUGCUCUCUACUUUGGCUUCUUAGAGUAUUUCACGUUUGCAUUGAUUCCGAUGGCUGUCAUUGGGAUUCCUUACUAUGUGUUUGCAUGGGAAGAUUAUGACAAAUAUGUGAUGUUUGCCACAUUCAACCUGCUCUGGUCCACUGUGAUCCUGGAAGUUUGGAAGCGGAUUUGUGCAGUGAUGACAUACCGAUGGGGGACGCUGUUGAUGAAGCGGCAGUUUGAAGAACCAAGGCCAGGUUUCCACGGCGUUUUGGGUAUCAAUCCUGUCACUGGGAGAGAGGAACCAGUGUACUCAAGUAUUAAGAGACAGUUACGCAUUUAUCUGGUGUCCGUACCGUUUGUGUGCCUUUGCCUCUACUUCUCACUGUAUGUGAUGAUGAUUUACUUCGACUUGGAACAGUGGGCUCUGGAUUAUCACGAGGAGAAUAAGUCCACCUUCAGCAGCUUGAUGCUGUAUGUGCCCAGUAUCAUAUAUGCUGUCGUGAUUGAAAUUAUGAACCGUAUCUAUAGGUAUGCUGCUGAAUUCUUAACAUCGUGGGAAAAUCACAGGCUGGAGUCUUCGUAUCAGAAUCAUUUAAUUCUGAAGGUUUUAGUGUUCAACUUCUUGAAUUGUUUUGCAUCUCUCUUCUACAUUGCUUUUGUGCUGUUUGAUAUGAAACUUUUAAGACAGAGCUUGGCCACUUUGCUGAUAACUUCACAGAUCCUCAAUCAGUUUGCAGAAUCCCUGCUUCCUUACUGGCUCCAGAAGAGACAUGUGAAGAGGAUGAAGAAACAAGUGCAUUGUCUGAAAACAGAUACGGACCUGUCGUUAGUUGAACAAAUCAACAUGGAAAAAGAAAUGGGCACCUAUUUUGGCACUUUUGAUGAUUACUUGGAGUUGUUUUUACAGUUUGGCUAUGUCAGUCUUUUCUCGUGUGUUUAUCCGCUGGCUGCUGUCUUUGCAGUGUUAAACAAUGUCACAGAGAUAUAUUCCGAUGCCUUGAAAAUGUGUGGAGUUUACAAGCGUCCAUUUGCAGAACCCACAGCAAAUAUUGGGGUUUGGCAGUUGGCUUUUGAAACCAUGAGUGUAAUAUCAGUAGUUACUAAUUGCAUACUGAUUGGAAUGUCUCCACAAGUGAAUGCCCUUUUCCCAGACUCAAAAAUGGAUCUUAUUCUGACUGUGGCAUUGGUAGAGCACUUGCUACUAGCCAUAAAGUUUGUCAUGGCAUUUGUAAUUCCUGAUAAACCAAGAGAGAUCCAGAUAAAGCUGGCCAAAUUGGAAUUUGAAUCUCUAGAGGCUCUCAAACAACAGCAAAUGAAACUUGCGGCUGAGUCACUGAAGGAGUAAACACGGAGGAAUGAAGAUGACUGCAGUAGUCAUGUGUGGACGUGGGCACUCCUUGAGACUUUGCUUAUGAUGCUGCGUAGCUCUCGGUGCGCACCGUGCUGUUCUGUAUAUCUGCAGGUGGCACCUGCUUGUAUGAUCCUUGGUAAAUAAUCACUGCUUGAGGUUGUAAAAAAAGAGAUCCUUUCUCCUCCUCCCUUCUAUUCCUGCAUACACCAGUUUGCGGAGCUGGCACUACAUGGAGCAGUCCGGCCUGCGUGAGGUCUGGUAGAAGGCUGCCAGAGCCACUGCACUUCAACAGAUGGAAAACAGAACUUGGGAUAAGCAUCCCCAAGCCACCUGCAGGCUUCAGCUGUAACCCUGUGAAAGAAAACAGAAAGAAAGAGGUAGAGCAGUGCUUAAUUCAGGGCACUGUCUCUUGGGCCUGUGGCCUGCUUUGUCCCUUUAUCAUGAUUGUUAACCAAUCCUCUUUUUUUCUUUUUUUCAAACACUGCUGAUUAGCUAUCUUUUGCACGUAGCAAAUUAAUUUACAUUAUGUAAUGAAAUAUGAUUAUUUCUUACCUAACCUGAGAAGUAUUUAAACAUAAAUAUUGUGAGGUAUGCACUACACAUUCCUGUGUGCUAGUUACCCAGCUAAGAGGGAGUUAAAGUCUUCUCCAAAGCUGGGUAAAAGCAUGCAGUAGGAAACGGUGUGCUGAGCAGUAAUUCAUGAAGAUUAAGCAGCAGAUAUUAAUGUAUUUAUUUUUUAAUUUACUUUUGCUUUUGUUGUCCCUUCCUUGGGCCUUGAAGCACAAUGUUGUAUUCAUGGCUGCUCUCGUUAAACUCAGGAGCAGCGCAAUUAAACGUGGUACACUGGUACCCAUGUGCCCAGUGAACACCCUUUUUUUUUUUUUUCUUUUUUUCCCCUGCCUUUCACAGAAUGGUCACUUUCUAAGUGUUUCAUUGCUUUCUGACAGUAACAGGACCAAAAUCUCCCCUAACCAUGGGUAGCUUACAUUCUCCAGCUGUGAUCUUUGUCUGCAGUAGACGUACCUUCCCUAUGACAUGAUACUCGUGGGGCUGUGUGCGGAGAAGUUACCGUUGCAGAUUUCUGCCCCGUGUUUUGCUCCUGCUGCCUGGUCAGUGUGGUUAGUGAGGAGCCUGGGGGAUGGGUCCUGGUGGGACGUGAGCCUGUAAGAGCUGCUGUGACAGGAGCCUGCUGUCUGCUGCUUUGUACUGCUUUCAGAGUGUGAAGUGGGCAGGUUUGUGAUGGCAGCUGCAUGGGCUGUCUGUGAUUACGCCCCAGGAUUGGCUGGAAAAGGAAUCAGGUCGUGUCUCAGCUGUAGUCACAUGAAAGAAAUAAGUAAUGGCGUACCCAAAGCUGACUUUGAACUUGUCUUCGUAGUCAUUGCAUUCUUCCAGUUUUCUGCAGCUUAACAGGAAAAUCUGUAGUAAGGUCUGGGUACCUGGUGAUGUGAGCGACCUUGGCAGCCAUCCUUGCCUUCAGCAAAUCCAUUCACUUCUGCUCAGUAUUCUUACCUCUAAAUGGGGAUGAUAACAUUCCUCGGGUGGAUUCUCUGCCUACAGCCAGGCACUGUGGAGGCACUACAAGCUCCAUAGCAUGUGAGUGAGGAGUAUGGCAAUCCUUUAUGUUAUAGAGAGUAGUUUGUCCUGAAUAACUCAUUGUGCAGCAGCUGCGAUGCAAAAAUCAUGAUACAGCAUUUCUGGUUCAUGGAGAACUAUUACCUGGAUGGUGUUGUGUUGUAUUUUGUCACUGAACUGCUCCUGAAACAUGAGAAAGAAUAAAUAAGGUAUUUACUGGUGA